AUGUCUUCUGAAAAGAUUUUGGACUCACCAGAUGAAUCUCUGCUCCAGGAAUUCAAUGUCCUCAGCAACUAUUCUGAGGAGCAAGUAAUGGCCAUGGGACGAAACUAUGCCCUAAAAUAUGACCUCGACCCGGAGCUAUUCAGCCGUGCCGCGGCUGUUGCUCGGUCCCCCAACAGAUUCAACUCGAUGGAGUUCCUCAGCGAAAGCGAAAAAGAGGCUCUCUACGAGGAAAACCACCAUCCUUGGAGGUUGUCGGGCCAGUUGUACUGGCUGAUUAUCAUGGCCUCGCUAGGUGCUGCCGUUCAAGGUAUGGACGAGACCGUCAUUAACGGUGCGCAGCUAUACUACCCUAGCGAAUUCGGCAUCGACAAUGGAACUGACCGUGACACCUGGCUGGUGGAUACCGAGAGAAAUACAUGGCUGAUAGGGCUAAUCAACUCUGCGCCGUAUCUGUGCUGCUCAACCAUUUCGUGCUGGAUGUCUGACUGGCUCAACGAGAGGCUUUCGAGAAGAGGCACCAUUUUCUGGACCUGUUUCGUCUCUGCCAUCACGUGCAUCUGGUCUGGCUUGACGAACAAUUGGUGGCAUCUGUUUAUUUCUCGGUUCUUUUUAGGGUUUGGCAUUGGCCCCAAAUCGUCUACAAUCCCCGUUUACUCGUCUGAAUGUGCUCCGCCCAAGAUCCGCGGCUCGCUAGUGAUGAUGUGGCAGGUGUGGACCGCGUUUGGUAUAAUGUUCGGCUAUGUGAUGUCUCUGGCAUUUUAUAGAGUUCCUUCGCACUCCAUACACAAGGGCCUUGGCUGGCGGCUUAUGCUUGGCUCGGCAGCACUGCCGGCAAUAUUGGUGAUGCUCCAGGUCUGGUUCUGUCCGGAGUCGCCAAGAUGGCUCAUGGGCAAGGGACGGCACCGUGAGGCCUUUGAAGCAUACAGCCGCAUCAGAAAGUCGCCGCUCCAGGCCGCCAGAGACACCUUCUACACACAUGUGCUGCUACUGGAGGAGAGCUCCUACGAGGUGCCCUUCUGGACUAAAGUCAAGGAGAUAUUCACCGUGAGAAGAAAUAGAAACGGGGUCGUUGGUGCCUGGGUGGUGAUGUUCAUGCAGCAAUUUUGCGGCAUCAACGUCAUUGCAUACUACUCGUCGUCGAUCUUCAAAGAAUCGGGAUUUUCCGAAAGAGACGCGCUGCUAGCUUCGUGGGGGUACGGCAUGAUCAACUGGGUGUUUGCCCUGCCGGCUUUUUUCUCGAUUGACAGGUUUGGCCGCCGCACGCUGCUUCUUUUCUCCUUCCCGCUCAUGUCCGUCUUCCUACUUCUGGCAGGCUUUGCGUUUUGGAUCCCCGACGAGAAGGCCAGGGUGGGGGUCAUCGCCCUGGGCAUCUACUUGUUUACAAUCGUCUACGCUUCUUCCGAGGGGCCUGUGCCAUUCACGUACUCUGCAGAGUGUGCUGCGCUGUAUGUGCGUGACGUUACGAUGUCGUUUGCUACUGCCACUUGCUGGUUCUUCAACUUUAUCUUAUCUCUCACCUGGCCGUCACUGCUGAAGGCAUUUAGCCCGCAGGGUGCAUUCGGGUGGUAUGCGGCGUGGAACAUGGUAGGGUUCUUGCUUGUCCUGUGGCUGCUACCUGAAACCAAAGGCCUUGCAUUGGAGGAGCUGGACGAUGUGUUCGAUGUGCCGUCGUACAAGCACGCAGCGUACCAGACCCGGCAUCUGGCAAACUGGGUCCAGCGGACGGUUUUGCGCCGGGACAUACCGAAGAUAGAGCCUUUGUACCGGCAGCAGCGUGUGGCAGUGCACAACCAGGAGUGGGUGGAGAUGAAGCACGAAGGUGAGCACAUAGAGUAGAGACAUUACCUCAUGUUUAGCCUUAAAAUAGAAUUAAGCAAUCUUUGCUGCGUCAUG